AUGUCGGCAGUUAUUGUUUGCAAAAAAUUAAAUAUUAUAUGUAGCAUUUUCAGGAAUUUUACCUCGACAAGCAAUAGUGCCAACGAAGUAGUACCACUAAAAGAAGUAAAAAGAUUUAUUAUUGAUUGUUUAAAAGCAGUAAAUACAAAUUUGAGGAAUGCUGAACAAUUGGCUGAUGUUUUAGUUGCAGCAGAUUACAGGGGUCAUUACAGCCAUGGAUUAAACAGGAUCGAAAUUUAUGUAAAUGACAUUAAAGGAAAUGUAUGCAACCAAAAUUCCGUACCAAAAAUAUUAAAAGAAACAGUUGCCACGGCUUGGGUUGAUGGACAAAGUGGACUCGGACCCGUUGUCGGAAAUUUUUGUACGGAUUUGGCCGUGGAAAAAGCAAAAAAUGUUGGAAUCGGAUGGGUCGUAGCAAAAAAUUCUAAUCACUACGGAAUUGCUGGAUGGUACACUAAAAGAGCUUCUGAUAAUAAUAUGAUUGGUAUGAGUUUUACUAACACUUCUCCAUUUCUUUGUCCAACUAGAGCUAAAGAGGCCGCUCUUGGUACGAAUCCUAUAUCAGUUGCUGCUCCUGGGAUAUCAGAUGACAGGUUUUUACUUGACAUGGCCACAACUGCUGUUGCCGUAGGAAAGAUAGAAAUUCAAAAUCGAAAAAAUGAACCCAUUCCGGAAGGUUGGGCAGCAGAUGAAAAUGGACAGCCAACAUUAAAUGCAAGUGUCGCACAAAAAGCACGAAGGUUGAUGCCUCUCGGUGGAUCCGAACUUACAUCAGGAUAUAAAGGUUACGGUUUAUGCCAAAUGGUCGAAGUAUUUUGUGGAAUUUUAGCCGGAGCGAAUUAUGGUCCGAAAAUCAGAAAAUGGGGAGAUACAAAUUCUUUAGCUAACCUCGGACAAUGCUUUGUCGCAAUUAAUCCAGAAUGUUUUGCUCCAGGAUUUAAAGACAGGGUUUCAGAUUUAAAUAAUAUUCUUCGAAACUUAAGUCCUGCAGAUUCUAAAAAACCCGUUUUGGUGGCUGGAGACCCUGAAAAAUUUCGAAUGAAAUUAGUUGAUAAAGAAGGUGGUAUAAGGUACCACGUAAAUCAAAUUAAAGCCGCGAAUGACUUGGCAAAAAAUCUUAAUGUUGAUCCUUUAAAAAUGGAACCUAUCAGAAUUUCAGAAUAA